AUGGACUACUCGGACGCCAUGGACGACUCUACGCCCAUGUUCUACAUUGGCCAGCAUGAGACGAAGCGGCGCUUGGAUGUGUCGCCGGAGCUCAUCCAGCACGCGCAGGAUCUUGGAUAUGAUAUGCUUACUAGCCCUAUUACGAACGAUCACUUCCAUACCCGUGUUUUGAGCCUCCUAAAUUCGUACACCCAGACCCUCUCCGAAUCAUCGCAAGCGCAAACGCUACCUUUGAUACCUGCCCUGGACCAUCCGGACACACCGUUAGGUCCCAGUGAUACCAUUGGCCAGCUAGUGACUUUCACAAGCUCCUGGAUAGAUCUAUCAUCGCCAGAUCCAGUCAUUGCGCAUCUUUCGCGCCAGGUCUUCCACCUGGAGAUCGCAUAUGCGGCUUUCUGCGGAGCAACUAAUGUUGUCGUACCAGGACCACGUCUAUCUCAUGGUCAAAAUGGCGUUUCGCAGUAUGCUCGAGCAAUCAAAGAAGCCCUGACAACUGGCUCAUACAUCCAACUGCAUGUGCAAAUCCCCAUGGACGGGACUAAGGCUACUACCGAAGACGAUGAUUUGGGUCAUCUAGCACGCUUCGCCAGGCCUGAGUACGAUUCGAGCAGUCAGGGGAAGAAUACCAACACUUGGAGCUCUUGGGAUGCCUGGAACACGGUAAGGUCCAUCUGUAAAUACCAUAAUAGGUUAUCAAUAGUUCUCGAUUUACCACGCCGGCUCCCGUCGCUCGCUCUCCAGUCUCGCUGGGUUUCCGAGCCUAUCCGUCUGCUAAGUCUACCAGCUUCGUCCUUCCUCGUCAAUGCCCGCCAGUCUUUUGUUUUGUCGAAAGCGCACCAGGUUUUCAUCUUCCGCUGUAUGCGCUUACAACGCGGCCCUUGGCUACUUCUCUCGGACGUCGGCCCGCUACCAGGUGUCGAUGACCCAGACAUGAUCAUGUCGUACUCGACCGGCCAUCUUUCGCCAGGCGCAGCUGAGGACGCGCCCAGUCCAGGGUCUUCAUUACCUCCCGCGCCCACCCCUGCGGAAGCAGCCCAACUGGCAAAACAGAUUGGGAAAAAGACCAGUAGUAGCAAUGACCCCACUCCGCACCUAAGCUACCUGCGAUAUCUGCAACGCAAUCAGCCACCGAAGAGCCAGCUUGAGCGAUUCGGUGGGGGUUUCCAGGACUACCUACAAAGCCCACUGCAGCCUCUCACGGACAACCUUGAGUCCAUCACCUAUGAGGUGUUCGAGAAAGAUCCGAUCAAGUAUGCUUGGUACGAGCGGGCAAUAGCACAAGCACUGCGGGACUGGCAUAGCCAACGAAGGUCCACCAGCUCUGAAAACGGCGCAGUUGUAAUUGCAGUUGUUGGGUCUGGCCGAGGUCCGCUUGUAACGCGUGCACUGAACGCAAGUGCAAGCUCUGGUGUACCAGUCCGCGUCUAUGCAAUUGAGAAGAACCCCAAUGCUUACGUUCUCCUGCAGCGGCAUAAUGUGGAGACAUGGAAAGGUCGCGUGACGGUUGUCAAGACAGACAUGCGAGCAUGGAAGGGUCCGACGCAACCCGAUGGUACCUUUGGCAAGGUCGACAUUCUGGUCAGCGAGCUACUUGGGUCAUUCGCUGAUAAUGAACUCUCGCCCGAAUGCUUAGACGGCGUACAGCACGUGUUAAACCCGGAGCAUGGUAUUUCUAUUCCAUCCAGCUACACUGCACACUUUACGCCAAUAUCCACCCCAAAAUUAUGGGCAGACUUGUACAGCCGAAGCACGAGUGUGGACCCGAACGCAUUCGACAUCCCAUGGGUCGUCAUGCUCGCACAAUUUGACUACCUCUCUACGGAAUCCAAAGAGACUAUAGCCUCCCAGCAACUGGGUGAUGGUACGAAGAUGCACAACUUCAACCUCGAGGCACCGCUAGCACCGAUAGUGCAAACCGCGUGGGAGUUCUCCCAUCCUCUGCCACCGACAGUACUCGCCCAGGCGUCCUUACGCAGGGGCGGCUCUGCCGUGGGAGGUGGAGGUGGCUUCGUUGGAGGAGACGGAGCCAACGAGCACAAUUUCCGACACUGUAGGAUCUCCUUCCCGAUUCAAGAGCAGGGCGUGUGCCAUGGCCUAGGCGCCUACUUCGAGACGGUGCUGUACAGCGGCUCAGAGGGCCCAGUCGAGCUCAGCACGAAUCCCGUGUCGAUGGAGCAGAAGAGCAAGGAUAUGAUCUCAUGGUUCCCAAUUCUCUUCCCGCUCAAGAACCCGAUACAGCUUCCUGCCAACUCAGAGGUUGAAGUCAGCUUCUGGAGGCAGACAGAUGAUCGGAAGGUCUGGUACGAAUGGCUCGUUGAGAGCUACAUGAUAGUCAAUGGGCAGCGGAUACGACUCAGCGUCUCUGACCUCCACUCAAGCAAAUCGAAUGGGUGCAUGAUGUAG